AUGAAGUUCUUCUCUACUCUUUCCAUCGCUGCCCUCUUGGCAGCUCCUGCCGUCAUGGCGUUUGCCCCCGCGAUUUCUUCCAGCAACAAUCACCCCAUCGUCAGCACCACGGCGUUGUUCGUCAAGGUCACUCCGACUCUCAUUAAAGAACUCCGUGACCAGACCGGUGCUGGAAUGAUGGAUUGCAAAAAGGCAUUGCUCGAAACCGAAGGAGAUAUUGAACAGGCCAUUGAAAACAUGCGGACAUCGGGAGCAUUGAAAGCGGCCAAAAAGGCCACCAAAGUGGCUGCCGAAGGAAAAAUCAUUAUCAAGCAGAGCGAUGAUACCGCUGCCAUGGUGGAAGUCAAUUGCCAAACUGACUUUGUGGCCAAGGAUGAGACAUUUUUGGCAUUUGCCAACAGUGUGGCACAAACUGCCGCCGACAGCAAGGCAUCCCUGGAAGAUCUCCAGCAGCAAUUUGAAGAGGAACGGGUGGCACUCGUCGCCAAGAUUGGAGAGAAUAUCAAUGUCCGUCGUGUCCAAUAUGUGGAAGGCGACAAGAUUGCCACUUAUUUGCACAAUGGCGGCAAGAUUGGUGUGGUGGUGACGGGAGAGGGGGAAGAUCAGACACUCAAGAAUGUUUGCAUGCAUGUCUGUGCUUCCAAUCCGCAAUUCUUGACGCCCGACGAUGUCCCUCAGGAAGUGGUCGACAAGGAACGCAAGGUGCAGGUCGAUAUCGCCAUGAAUGAAGGAAAACCACAAGAUAUUGCCGAAAAAAUGGUGGCAGGACGCAUGAAAAAAUACACCGGUGAAGUCUCCUUGACUGGGCAACCCUUUGUCAUGGAACCCAAGAAGAGUGUGGGAGACAUUUUGAAGGAGCAGGGUGCAUCGGUUGACAAUUUUGUUCGACUUGAAGUUGGGGAAGGUAUCGAGAAGAAAGAUGAGCCUAGCUUUGCGGAUGAAGUUGCUGCCAUGGCUGCUGGCAAGUAG